AUGCAUCUAAUUACAACAUUUAAUAUCACUGCUCACAAUAUCACACAAAUCACUCUCAUAUACUAUUAUACUAUACUAAACAUAAAAUAUAGUCAUUUUAUUAUUUAUCACUUACUGUGUCAUCUAUCAAUGAUUCAUUGUAUAUCAGAUGUUAUUUCAUCUUCUGGCUGUAGUGGUUUUAAAUUCGAUUCAAUACCAUUUGCAUUUUUAUCUUUCUGCGUAUAUACGAAUAGAUUCGCUAAUAUCAACAUAAUCAUCAACAUUUUAUACGAUGCAUUCUGCUUAAUAUUCUUUUCAUCUAUGCUUCACUCCAGCUUUGUAAGCUCAUAUAUGGCAACCUUCAUGCAUAUAUUUAUAUCAAUAUCUUCCUUUAUACUCGCUACAUCCACAUCCUUCAUCACUUCACCAUUAGCAUUUUUCAUUAUCAUGCGAUUAUUCAAAUCCUCACAUAAUUCGUAA